AGGAAGUGAAGAAAUCAUUUAUUUAUUUUUGCAAUUACUGCGCGAAGGUACGUAGCAAGAUGGCUCCUGGUCCUAAGAAAAAGAACUUCAAUAGGAGAGGUGGUGAAAAUAUACAAGAUAAUAAAAAGACUCCAAAACCUACAGUGGAAUCUCAGACAAAAGAUCAAGAUUCAAAUUCUACUAUUUUGAAUGAUGUUACUGGAGAACCUGAUGUUUUUCAAGAUAAAAAGUAUAAUAAACGAAGUGUUACAAGUAAUUGGACAAAAUAUGAUGAGCCAGUCAAUGACCCACAUGCAGAUACAAUGAGAGGAAAAGAUUUUGAAGUAUUAUUAAGCUACUCUGGAGGUUCUCAGUUACAAUUACAAGAUGAAAAAGAAUGGGAUGAAGCUUAUGUUAAUGAUAAAUCAAUUGCUUUAGAUUUCCAAGAUAUGACAUCUAUUUUAAAAUGUAUUCCAUUUCAUAAAAGGAUGAAUUUGCCUGAAGAUAUUUUUGAUAAAAGCCAGUUAGAAAAAUUUGUUUCUUAUGCAGAAAUUAGUAAGUCAUCUUAUAUUUCGAAAGUUGAAUUGCCAGCAUCAGUGAAGCCUGAAGAAUUUACCAAAAUGCCUGAAACUCUUGAUCCUGAUUUGAACAUAAUUGAAAGUUAUGAAUCUGAUACUGUUCCUGAGAAUAUAACCAAACCAUUUGUGUUAGAAGAAAAGACUGAAAAUAUUAUUGAGUCUUUAGCUUCCUGUUUAUCUUUGAAGAGUCCAGUUCCAGAAAAGAUUAUUUCUACUCCAGAAGAACCUGUGGAAAAUGCUGGUGAUGAUCUAGACUUCCUUUUGUCAUUAAGCAAAACAGCCAAUACCCUUAAGCAAGAAAAGUCUAUAGUCCAGAAGCAAACAAAUGUUGAUGAUUGGCUGAAUAGCAUUCUUGAUGAUUAAAAUUUUAUUUAUUUCCUGCUGUGAUAUUUUUUAUUUCAACUAUACAAUGCAUAUUUGUUUGUUUUAAAUUGAAAAAAAAAAUAUUAAAAAUGAAUGUAUACUUGUAAAUUAACUUUACCUGAUAAGUUUACAAAAAUAAAGCAUUUAUUAAAAUUGAA